CAUUUGACAUCGCGAAUUUAAUAAUAUGGCAUUACCAUUAACUUCUGGCACAGUCGCUAUUGAUAGCGGCAACGUUUUAUUUUACUUUUUCGUGUGCAACAAAUUUUAUAUUUUUAAUAUCUAUUAAAUUCAUAGCAUUCCAAAGAUAGGUGAGGUGACUUAAAAUGACGGGCACCAUUCUAGAGAAUCUCAGUGGGCGGAAAUUAUCCGUAUUAGUUACCCUCUUAUUGUUAAGCCAAGUAGCCUGCUUUCUUUUGGGUGGUCUACUGGCGCCGUUGCCAGCCGGCCACCAAGUCAUUUUAGGCAUGGUAUGUAAAGAUACGCCCGGACGGCAGAAUGAUACGACUUUUUGGCUGCAUUUACGCGGCGAUGGAAAAUGUCCGGCUGUCUCCCAGGAAGAUAUCGAGCAGCACUACACGAAAAUGGCCAAUGAGAUAGUAUAUAUAUUCCAAAUGCCCUUACCGCGCGGCGAAGAAUUAGAUUAUUCACGAUGGCAACAAAAUUUGAUUGGCGUAUUGCAAGUGGAUAUUGCAUACGAACCGCAGGUAUCACUGGUCGAACCUCCUAAGGAUCUACAAUUAACUAUUGAUGCUCGUUUGGCUUACAGAAAUAAAGGUGACAAGAAACGUGAUUGGAAAUUGUAUGCACAUUCUUUGGAAAAACGUUAUCUCGAUUGUGGUAUUAAAACAGCGAGCCAAGAGGAAUCGUUAUUUUCUUGUGACAUGGUGCCACUAUUUGAAUUGGGUGAUCUUCAUCACGAUUACUAUUUGCUGAAUUUGCGUUUUCCAAUUGAUACGGACAUGAAAAUGAAUCUUGAUUUUGGGCAUAUGCACGAUCUAACUUUAACAGUAAUACAUCAGAAUGGCGGUUUCACAAAAGUGUGGUUGUCACUCAAAACAGUACUCUUCCCAUUCGUCGUGGCCAUAAUGAUUUGGUUUUGGCGUCGUGUACAUAUCCUACAACGGUCGCCUGCCCUACUCGAAUAUAUGCUUAUUUAUCUUGGUGGUGCGCUAACAUUUCUCAACUUCCCAAUAGAAUAUCUUUCUUUGUUCAUAGAAAUGCCGUAUUUGUUACUAUUGAGCGACAUUCGUCAGGGAGUCUUCUAUGCAAUGUUGCUGUCUUUCUGGUUGGUAUUUGCCGGGGAGCAUAUGUUAAUUCAGGAAUCGCCAUAUAAGUCAACAAUUCGAUCUCGCUACUGGAAGCAUUUGUCUGCUGUUGUAGUAGGAUGCUUAUCGCUUUUUACUUUUGAUAUCUGUGAGCGCGGGGUUCAGAUGCGUAACCCUUUCUAUUCCAUUUGGACCACACCUAUUGGUGCUAGAGUGGCAAUGGGCUUCAUAAUUUUGGCUGCGAUUUCCGCGGGUAUUUAUUUCCUCUUUCUUUGCUACAUGGUUUGGAAAGUUUUCAGGAAUAUUGGCGCCAAACGUACUUCAUUGCCUUCUAUGUCAACUGCACGCCGACUACACUAUGAAGGUCUUAUAUUUAGAUUUAAAUUUCUGAUGCUAGCAACCCUGCUAUGUGCUGGACUAACAGUUGCCGGCUUUAUCAUAGGUCAAGUUGCUGAGGGUCAAUGGAAAUGGGACGAAGAUAUGGAAAUACAAUUAACAUCGGCUUUCUUAACCGGUGUCUACGGAAUGUGGAACAUUUACAUAUUUGCACUGCUUGUACUCUAUGCCCCAAGUCACAAACAAUGGCCUUCUAAUAACUCGGAUGAAACGACAAGGUCCAAUGAAAAUAUUGUUGCUGCAGCCGCAAGUGAAGAAAUUGAAUUUAGUCACUUACCUUCCGAUUCUAACCCAAGUGAGAUUUCUUCCCUCACUUCAUUUAGUAGAAAAGUAGCAUUUGAUUAAGAGGAAGUUCAAAAUACUUUUAGGAAGCUGUUAUCAGCGUUUUAAAUAGACUGAAAUUUGGCGCAGAAUGGCAAUGCAAAUCUAUGUAACUUUGUAUAUACAAUAUUUGUGCAUAUAUAAUGCAAUGUACUUAAACAUUAUGAACAUUAGGAGAGUAUUAUUAUGCCCAUAUGUAUGUAUUUACCCACAGAACUCAUUUCCAUAUAAGAUAUAGCAAUAACCUAACCGCAUUUACGGUUCAAUGACUUAAAUGUUUUCAUGUAAUUAUCUUGCCAUUAACAAAUUACAAUCUCAAAAGCUAGCGUCGAUAUUAUUUUACACCAUCCAUACUAUGUUCUUAAUAUUAGUCCUAGGCACAAACGUUUAUAAACUAAGAAUAAAAUCUAACAGUAUUAUGUUUGAAGAUGUGUAUUUAAAAAGUAAGAAAAAAAUUCUUUGCCCCGUCACUUAAAGACGUAAUAAUUAGUGUGUUUUUUUUGUAUUAUUGUAUUGAUGUAGUGUGUGCAUGUACUUUCAACUUUUAUAAAAUAAACAUAUAUUUUGAAUGCAAAUAAAUUUCUAAUGUUA